CUCAUGGACGUUAAAAGGUUAUGAAGAAGUGACACGGGGAUGUUUUCCUCCGGAUAAGAGGCUCUGGAUUGUUGAAACUUUUCUAGACAGUGGUUUAUCUGUCCUCACAGCAAAUUAAAGUGGAAGAAUCUGCGAAAAUGGCUACCUCACUCGUCGCCGAAAUUCUAACAUCAGCGGGUCAGCUGGAGAAGGAAGAGAUCCUUACCAAACUAGGCAGACUAACAAAGCGUGUUAAUGAGAUUAAGCUGGAUGUGUACGAGCUGACCAAGAACCAGUAUAAUGACUUUGUGCCAAGUCUGAGCCAGGCUGAGGAGCUAUCUAAUAGAGUCCAGCAGUUGUCCUCCCAGAUGGAAGGGGUGAGCAACACCAUAGAGCAAGAGAUCAAGUCUCAGUUGAACAUGUCAACUGGAGAAUUUCAAACUCUGUCCACCCAGCUUCAGGAAACAAAUGCUACUUUAGCCAUUGCCGAAAAACUCAUGAAAAUAGAUGAAUUGUUUAAGUCUGUUGCCAAGGCAACAAGUGAAGAGGAAUUCUCCACGGCAGCCAGCUGUUUGUUAAACAUCAACACACUGUUGUCAUUCCCAGUGGUUGAUGGAGAAGAAGAAAUCAAUGUCAUGCAGAAUCUCCGCACAGAGUAUAGUGUUCUGAAAGAGAAGUUUGUCGUGGACCUCGGUGAGUUUUGGAAGACGCAUGUUGUGUGGAAAAUCCCCCAGGAUAAAUCUGGCUCAUUGCCUUCUACACUCGUAGAGCUGACACUGGUGCAUUCUGGGAGAGGGAAGGCAGCCAUUGAAGAGGCUGUUCUUGCCAUGGAGAAAACAAACAUUCUGGAAAAGAAAUUAAAACUGUUCAGUGAUCGACUUGUGGCAAAUCUAGUCAAACUGUUGGUGUCAGAUGAUACAGCUAGAAUUGAGCUCACAGAAAGCAGGGGUGAGAAGAAGCUAAAACUGAUUUGCAAAGCAGAGGACAAAAUCGUGGCCCCAAAACCAGAUGUGGCCUUCAAGAAGCUAGAGAAAUUGUUUGAUUUUCUGUUCAAGUAUCUCUUGAAUGUGCCUUCUGGAACAGUGACAGAUUCUAAGGGUGACAAGGAAGCUACUCUUAUGGAGAGGUUAGGUCUUCUCUCUGCAGAUAAGGUUAUAGACAUGAUAGUCAAGGAAUGUCUGGUGAAUGCCAUCCCCUCCAGUAAAGCAGAAUUGGAGAAGUUUCGUGAAGUUGUCAUUCAGACAGAGAAAUUCCACUCCAAGCUCUUAUCUAUGCAUUUCUUGUCAGAGUCAAACCAAGGCCUUCUAGAUUUUGUAGGUAAUGUCAAGGUGUUAUUUGCCAACAAAAAGUGUCAGGAGAUCUUCGAAUAUGCUCGCAACUUGAUUACCUCAGAGAUUCAUAAUACCGUGGUUAUCUCCCCUGUGAAACCCAUAGGGGAGUUACCACCCCUUGAUCCUGAGGCUCCAGCUUUGAAGAGACAGAAAAUAGCAGAAAAACUUGCUGCAGAUGUUCAGCUGAGUGAGAACAUUACCAGGCUACCUGUCUGUCACAUCAGUACAUCCAUUCAGAGUAUGAUGAGCCUUGCGUAUGAAACACUUCAGGAAGCUGUGGAUAGCUCAGAGCAGUGUGCCAUCCAGCUUUUCUAUGCUGUCCGCAGCAUAUUUGAGUUAUUCUGCAGUGCUUUUCCUCGAUAUCAUAAACAGAGUUUGGCAAUGUUACCACAGUUGGCAGCUAUUCACCACAAUAACUGUUUCUUCAUCGCCCACCACCUGAUGACAUUGGGCCACCAAUUCUCUCAGAAGCUGCCCUCCCCACUCAAAGAUGGCAGUGGCACAUUUGUGGACAUGGUCAGUCAUAUUCGCAGACUAGGCACAGACUGCUUCCUGGAGCAGAUAAGCAUACAGAAGUCUCAGCUGCUGGAAUACCUACAGGGCGCCCAAGGAUUUUCUAGUGUCUCUGAGGAAGAGAACUACCUGUCCACCCAGAAGGCUGUCAAACAGGUUCUCCAUCAGCUGGGACAUCUGCAAAGGGUGUGGCAGGAAGUGUUGCCUCCGAACAUCUACAGCAAAGCCAUGGGAACCCUGGUGAAUUCGGUUGUGGUGGAAAUCAUAAGUAACAUUGUGGCCCUGGAAGACAUCUCAGCUGAUGACGCCAAGCAGUUGCAUGGCCUCCUGUCCGAGUUUAGCUCCAGUCUGGCCCUGCUCUUCAAGGUACAAGACAACAAAGUGAACACAGAAGUCCAGCUACUGAAGAAUGUCAGCAAGUGGAGGAAGUUCAAGGAGCUGCUGCUCAUGUUGAACGCUGGCCUGCAGGACAUUGCUGACCGCUGGGUGGACGGUAAAGGACCCCUUGCUGCCGAGUUCAACAGUAACGAGGUGAAGUCUUUAAUAAGGGCACUGUUCCAGAACACUGAUCGUCGGGCAGCUGUCUUAGCCAGGAUCCACUAAAUUGUUGUUGGUUUUAUUUUGCUAUUUGUCACAAGAAACAGUACAUGGUAAGGUGUGGUAUUGUGCAUCUUUUCACAGGUAACUGGUAUCUGGAUAUUUGAAGUCUUCAUCCUUAUUUAUUGUGUACAGGACACCUCUUGAUUACAGUAUAUCUUCUGAUCUAGAAUAGUAAUGUGUUGACCAAUAAGCUGGUUAAUGUAAUGUGUAAUACUGUACAUUUGAUACUAUGCAUUUUAUAAAAUCAAUUUUAUUCAGUGCCAAAAUGCCGAAUCCUUUUCUCUCUAGUACCAGAAAUUUAAAUACUUUGUCUUCCCUGCUGACUUGAAUAACCCUCACUGUGGGCCGUUUAACAAAGAUCUUUCAGACAUUAGCCUAAAAUUGUAAUGAAAAUUAAACUCUUAAUUAUAUAACUUAAAAAAAUUUAAUUUAUUAAAUUUUGACUGCUAAUUCUGUGCUGUGGUGGUACAAUUCUGUUCUGUGGUAGUGCAGUUUCAGUGAAGAUGUGAACAUCCAGCUUCAUAUAUUUUGUUUUGUAAAGAUAUUAAGUUUCGGACAUCAGAACAAAGUGGCUUUGUGAUGCACCCAGGUGGCAUUCUUGAUGAACGGCUGUUUAUCUUUGACGGCAGGUACAUGUACACACAUUGUAUACUGUAAAACACUAACCUUAUCACUACAAUGUCUCACUGCUUUUCCAACACUAGUGUGAUCAGUAACAAAUUGUAGAUCUGUGGUGUUUGCUUGAUCAGUUGUCUCGUAUAGAAUGAAGAAGUUUGCUUGUCUCACAUAAAUCUCAUAAACGCUCAAAGUGGUUUUCUUCAUCACAGGGUUAAGAUGCUGGUGUUUCUGUCACCAGACAUACAAGGUGUUGAAUCAAUCCAAACUUUGGAUGAGGAAUUCUGUAUCCAUGGUGACAAUUAGCUAUUUUUUUUCUCAAAUCACUUGCCUUCCAGCAACAUGUCAUAAACAUUGAGUAUACAUGAGAUAAAAGUUAACUUCAAGUCCUCUGAAAUUGUCCAGCCACAAUUCUUGGUAUGACGUAAAGUGCAGAUCACUCAAUCAACAUUAAAUCCUGUCAGUCAACAUUAAAUCCUGUCAAUCAACUUUAAAUCCUGUCAAUCAACAUUAAAUCCUGUCAGUGCAUUAUGAGUGAGACCCACAUUUCUUUCACAUUGCCCUCUACUACCCUUAAUCUUCUGGAGUUACAAAAUACAAUGAAUUUAUUGGGUUUGAUUCAGUGUUUAGAUUAUUUUAAUUUGCAAAAAAAUGUUUCUGUAUGACGCAUACGGAUCA